CCUUGACUUCCACCACAUCGGCAGCGAUGGACGACAACAAGGUUCUACACAGGGUGCUUCGUCAGAUCGCUCGAUGGGCUGUCUAUUCUUUCUUCACUGAAGUCCACGUUAUCAGCGAGGAGAACGUGCCACGAAAGGGUCCGCUUAUUGCGACAGCGACACACCAUAAUAUGAUGCUAGACCCUGCCAUCCUCUCCUCGGCAUUUCCAUACCAGCGAAUCCUUCACUAUUGGAGCAAGGCUAGCCUCUUUGCAAAUCCAGUAGUGCGCGGCAUCCUCAUCAGCACAGGGAACAUUCCCGUCGAUCGCAAGAGCAAAGAUCGUCAGGCACUCUUCCGUGGAACAUUUGAUGCGCUUUCACAGGGUGCCGCCGUCGCGCUCUUUCCGGAAGGCACCAGUUAUACCGAGCCACGGAUCAUGCAGGUGAAGGAUGGCGCAGCGUGGUCCGCGCUCGAGUACGCCAAGUGGGCGAAAGAAAACCCUGACAAGGUGACGGAGGAUCCUCUAGUUAUUGUGCCUACUGCGAUCGUAUAUACCAAUAAAUCGAAGUAUCGCAGUUAUGUCAUCAUGGAGUUCGGCCGUGGCAUCACGCUCGACCCGUAUAUCGACCAAUUCUUGUCGGCGGAAGAAGGUGCUCCGCGCGCGGCAGUCAAACGCCUGACACGCACCAUCGAGACUCGACUGAUCGAACUGACAAUCAACGCGCCAGAUUGGGACACAUUGUAUGCUGCACGCAUGGCAAGGGACCUUCUUUGGGAGGACGAGACCACCCUCAGUCGUGACGAUUUCGUCCAAGUUUCACAAACGCUGGUUGACCUAUUCUCUACGCCGGAUGCUACGCCCAAUUUUAACUCGGUCAAACGACAUCUUUUGGAAUAUUAUUCUCUGCUUCAGUCGACGCAGCUUACGAACUCAGUGCUCUCUGCGCUUCCUCUUCCUGAUACACUCGACCCCUAUCGCCCCGUCCCUCUCCCCAGCCGUCUGUUCACACUCCUGAUCCUUCUUCGUGAUAGUCUGUCCUGCUUAGUCCGUCUCCCCCUUUUCAUCUUCCCCCUGAUGAUUCAUCUGCCCGCAUACGUGAUGGCUCGGCUUGGUGCACGCCUGGUAGAGGACGAAGAAGAGACGCAAGCACAGAACAAAAUCCUUUUUGGCCUACUAUUACUCGUGUUGAUUUACCCUGCCGCAUUUUUCUUCCUUUGGGCUUUCCUUUGGUAUACCCCUGUCGGAGCUCUGUUCGCAGGCUUCGUCGUAUGGCUCACAGCAAUAUACCACACAAAACUAGUCAACGAUAAUUACGAACAUGCAAAACGCCUCGUCGCGGCCUGGCGCGUCUUGAUUGGCGUCUGGGCUCCGAAGCGAUUCGAGUAUCCGCUCACGACACUCGCGCAAUACACCACGACGCCGAUCCCACCUGUAAACCCGUGGAUAUCAGGCUCUCACUCCGGCACAUCGACGCCGAAGCCGGAUGAGAAGGCGGGGACGAGCGCCACCGGCGCAGCGGCAGAACCGCCCGUCAAGUCGAGACGUAAGAGGCGACCCCGCUCUGGGCGCGUCAUGAGGCACGUCCUGCGUGCCCGAGCAGAGGCUGUUCGUGCCCUGGCGUCGUUCGUUGACCAGCUUGAGAAAGGCCCGGCAGAGAAGUGUGUGAACGCUUCGGCGCAUCUCGCGCGGGCUUAUGGUGGUGGGGUAGAAGACCCCAGUGCGCUCGAGAGUCAGUCAGUCGAGAGCGCAGUCGUCCCGCCUCGGAAUUAUGCAGGCUGGAGGAGGGCCAGAGAAGUUAUCACUUUCUUGAGGAAGCGAGGGGCGAAGAUUACUGCCCUUGAAAGGGGCAUCGAAGCAGACUGGGCGGCCCUGAAUAGUGAUGGUGAGAUGUCUCCUUCAGAGGAUGCAGAGGAUGCGGAGGACAGGGACGAAAUUGUUUUUGUAUCCCCGGGCCAGUGACGACUGGUCCAUGUGGACGAAGAUCUACGGCUCUUGAAUAACUUCUGUUCGUUCAUCUCUUUUUGUGCAGUAUGACAUAAGUCACUGUCGACAUUUUAAACGGCUCGGUACUGAGGUUUCUACAACAAGGAUAGCUGAACGCCUUGUUGCACGAAAUUAUGUCGACUACGUGUUAUUACCGUAUCUGCCUUGAAGCAAUUGAUAGGACCGCGACGUCAGGAACUUGUUCCCGACGUCAGGGACAGAGUGUACCUCAUUGACGGUCAGAUCGAUGACUUCAGGACAUGUCGUCCCUUCAUAUCUGUAUCCGCCCACGGUAUUUCCCGGGUGGCAGCAAGCUAGGACUUCUGUGGAGAUAAUCCAAAAUGAUAAUUUAGAUGGAUUGAAGGCGGGUUUAGAUCCUAGCACGCUCGGCAAAGAGUCUCGGACUUGAGCCUAGUGCAGUCGAACCUCGAUUUUUCAAGGAUCCCUCACUGGGAAAUGGAAAGAGGCAUACUCAGAAAUCAUAUCCUGCUGAGCUACCCCAAGCGCAGCGCUU